GUGGACCAUCGCUCCUUCCACCCACUCCUUCCUGCCAUCUUCAUAACACUCACCCUCCUGUUCGGCGCUCAGUCUCCUUCUUUUCGUCCUCGUCACCGCCUAAAAGAGAGAUGCCAGGCGUAUACGGAGGCGACGACGUCUCUGCCAUUGUCCUCGAUGCCGGCUCCAGCCUUCUCCGAGCCGGCUGGGCAGGCGAAGAUACGCCCCGGAUCGUGAUCCCCUCCUCCUUCGGCUGGCUCCCCGACGAGUCUAAUGGCACUGCCAGUGAAGCUCCCACCAGCACGGCAACCGAACAAGCCGCGGAUGGUGAUGUUAGUAUGGCCGACGCUGGCGCUGAAGCUGCUGGCGCGACUGGUAACGGAGAAGCCAAUGGAGGAGAGCAGCCAGCCACUUCUACUGCUGCUGCCCCUCUGAGCGAGGCGAUGGACGCAAGGACGAGGAUCGCAAAGUAUACGGCCAAGAAGGUGGAGGGAAAGGGCGGCAAGAAGAGGAAGUACUACUUUGGCGAUUCGGGUGUGAACCAGUGGAGGCAGGGAAUGGAGAUCAGCCCGACGGUCGUGGAUGGUGUUGUACAAUCUACUCCAGACCUCUUCCACAUGCUCAAUUAUGCUCUGGACAAUCUUGGCGCAGAUUCGGCAGAGCACCCUCUGCUUCUGACAGAGGCUGCUUGGACUCCCCGGGAGACGCGAGAAGAAUUGACGGAGAUGGCCUUCGAGGGUCUGGGCGUUCCUGCGUACUAUCUGGCCAACUCUACCGUCUUGAGCUCCUUCUCAGCAGGCAAACCCUCUUCGCUGAUUCUCGACGUCGGCUACUCCUCCGUGUCCGCCAUCCCAGUCGUCGACGGCUUCGUCAUUCGCAAGGGUAUGAACCGUCAAGCUGGUCUGGGCGGAGCAGCCGUCUCUCGUGCCCUAGCCUACGACUUUAGGAACCCACCAGCCAGGACACCGCGUGUGGGCGGACCCAUUUCCGAAUUCGUGCCUACGUACCGGGUCAAGAGCAAAAAGCCCGUUGAGGCUGGAAGAGAAGCACAGUGGGAGCAGAGGGAAGAGAGGGGAACAGAGGCGACGACGGAGUCAUUCAGACAAUUCCACGAUGAGAAGCUCUUGCACGAAGCAAAAGAGUCGCUAUCACAGUGUCUCGAGCAAGGUUGGGAUGAAGGACAAGCACUGAGCCGACCCUCGAGACCCUACGAAUUCCCCAAUGGCUACAAUGACCUCUUUGGUAUCGAGCGCUUCCGCGCCUCCGAAGUCAUGUUCGAGCCCUCUCUCUGGGACGGCGUCGAGGGUGUUCUUCCACAAAAUUCAGCCUCUGCUGUCAGCUCUAUACAGCAGCUCGUAGCCAAGGCCAUUGGCGCCGUCGAUGUGGACAGUCGUCCAACUCUAUUGAGCAACAUUGUCUGUGUAGGCGGAGGCGCUUUCCUUCCGGGUCUGGUGGAUAGGUUGAGCUAUGAAUUGAGCAAUCAGGCACCUGGACAGCGAAUCAAGAUUCACUCGCCGGGAAAUUCAGUCGAGAGGAGACAUGCUUCUUGGCUAGGUGGAUCGAUCUUGGCCAGUCUGGGCUCUUUCCAUCAGAUGUGGAUUAGCAAGGAGGAGUAUGAGGAGCAUGGAGCUGCCAUUGUGCAUGCCAGGGCGCGCUAGACGGACGAGGCUGAGUAUGUUCAGACGGACAGGUACGGACCUGGCAAUGGGCAAGAAUGGUUCAGCGCCGAAUCGAUCCGCCACAUGAAUGUCACAACACGAUAGCUAGCAGCAGAUCUUCUA